AUGCUUUUCAACGUCUUCACCACCGCAGCCAUUGCUCUCCUCGCUGCUCCGGGCCUAGCCAACCCCAUCGAAACCCUCCCCGAAGGUCUAGAGUCCCACCUGGAGAGCCGCGCAGCCGACGUCACGGCUAGAUUCUGGAAACAAACUACAUGCAAAACCGAGCGAUCCAAAAAAGGCUUCCAGAGUGGGCAUUGCAUCAAAGACCUAGCUGGUAAAGACCAUGCCGUCAGCAUGGACGCGAGAAAGAAAAACAGCUGUCAUAUGAUCAGAUACAGGGAGAAAAACUGUGUGGGCUAUUCUGAGAAAGGCCUCAACCUCUAUGAUUGCUUCAACAUUGGAGACGAGUGGAAGUCUAUGAAGUUCAAGUGUUAG